UCUUAAGGCCCAAGCAGCAGCUGGGGAGAUUAGAGAGGACAGGACAGGACAGGGACACACACUUAGAGAGCUUCCCUCGCAUAAACUCACCCAACAAGGACGGACCCGAUUCAGACGGGAGCGGACUUUCAUAAGAGGCACUCCUUGACUGGACACACUAUGUCCAACCACCUUCUCCCGAACCAACACACCUCAGAUGGACUCCAGUGACCCACUUACAUCUGUAGAUGUUCAACAUCUGCGUGGAUGAUAUCUUUUCUUGGAAUAUUUUUUCCCAAACUUCUUUAUUUUUGUUGUCAAGAACUGGAUUAGUUGAAGCCUGACUGGCUGGUAUUAAUCGAACUUUAGUCAUGAGUUGUUUUGGGUACCGCAGAGAGCUGAGCAAGUACGAAGAUGUCGACGAGGACGAACUUUUGGCUUCUCUCAGCCCUGAGGAGCUGGCCGAGUUGGAAAAGGAGCUGGUGGACAUCGAUCCCGACGCCAAUGUGCCCAUAGGACUCAGACAGAGAGACCAGACAGACAAGACCCCAACUGGCACCUUCAGCAGAGAGGCCCUCAUGAAGUACUGGGAAAACGAGACACGCAGGCUGCUGGAGGACGAGCUGGGUGGAGGAAGCCCCAAACUGGAAGAGGAGUGUGCGACCGAAGAAAAAAGCGAAGGGGAGGAUGAAAGUGAGAAGGAACAAGGAAAAGAAAAUGAGGAAGGGGAAGGGGAAGAAGAGGACAACGAUAAAGAAGAAGAAGAAGAAGAAGAAGAAGAAGAAAAAGAGGAGGAGGAGGAAAGUGAGGAAGAAGAAGAACCUGUAACAGAAGAGGAAGAAGAUGAUGAGGAGGAGGAGGAUGAUGAAGAAGUUGAAGAUUCAAAACCUGAAUCAAGGGAUUCAGGCCUACCGACUCUGCGGGCCGACAAUCCGACGUUACUGAAGCCUCAGAGGGUGGAGCCUAUGAGACUGACUCCUCCCCCUCCACCUGUCGACCCAAAUGCGUCAGGAAACCCUACUGUGGUCGACGAUGCUCUUCAACGAGCCCUCAGCGACGACCCCGAACUCACAGAGGUUAAUCUCAACAAUAUUGACGACAUCUCACAGGAAACUCUCAUCCGAUUUGCUGAGGCCUUGAGGAACAACACACACGUUCGAGUCUUCAGCCUCGCUAACACCCGAGCCGAUGACCCCGUGGCUCUUGCCAUUGCUAAGACGCUGAGGGACAAUUCGUCCAUCACCAGUCUGAAUAUAGAAUCUAAUUAUGUGACUGGGAAGGGGGUGAUGGCGCUGGUCCAGGCUCUUCCGGUAAACAACACCUUGACGGAGCUUCGGUUUCACAACCAAAGACACAUGUGUGGAGGACAGGUGGAAAUGGAGAUGGUGAAGAUUCUGAGGGAGAACCACACCCUGAUCAAACUGGGUUACCAGUUCAACCUCCCAGGUCCCAGGAUGAGCAUGACGGGGAUCCUGACCAGGAACCAAGACCGCCAGAGGCAGAAACGUCUGCAGGAGCAGAGGCAGCAGCAGGGGGCACAAAACGGAGCCGUUAACCCCAGAACCACUGCGCUGAGAGGAACACCCACUUCAUCACCAUACAGCUCACCCAGGGCCUCUCCUUGGUCCUCACCCAAACUGCCCCGAAACGACCCGUCUAAAAAACAGACCCCUCCUGCGCCUCCUCCUCCCCCUCCACCUCCGCCGCCACCUCCUCCGCCUCCUCCUCCUCCUCCUCCACCGCUGCAUACCGUGCAGCGGGAGAAGAAGAAGCCCACGCGGAUGAUCGCGGAGGUCAUCAAGGCGCACGAGGCGGGCGCUAAAAAGGUGGCGAAAACCAAAGGGAAGAAGGGCAAGAAGGCGAAGGAGUCGGGGAGAGAGACGGGCAGCAUCCUGAAGGAGCUCAAGCACGCCCUGAGGCCCGUGUCGGCGGAGAGGAGGGGGGAGGAGGGCAGCAGGCCGUCCACGCCGAUGAGGUCGGCCCACGAUCAGCUGAUGGAGUCCAUCCGCGGCAGCAGCAUCCGCAACCUGAGACGGGUGGAAGUGCCACAUCACCUACGAUAAUACGAGCGGAUACAGAAGGAGGUCAGCGCGUUACCGUGGCGACGGAGGAAGGAACAGCGAUGACGAUGGUGUGACCAACAGCGAGGAAAGAACUGAGGCGUCAAGGGUGAUAAUGUAGGUUUUCUGAGGAAGUCUAUGUGAAUUUUUACUGAUAAAUAAGAGAAAAUAUACUGGAAAUUUGCACAUUAGCUUUACAAUUUAUUAUUUUCUAAUAGAAUCCGUGUUUUGACUUUUGGAAUGAGUUGACUGACUUGUUUACCAUUAAACUUUUCUAAUUUGCUGUUUUCAUGUAAAGUUGUACAUAUGAUUUGCUGCUGGUUGAAAUAUCUAAAUAUAGCCAUUUGCCGUUUACAAUACGA